CCGGAUACAAUGCUGAAGCCAUGGAUUACAGAAUUCUUAAAGACAGUCGAGAGCCAGGAACCCCAUUUUAUAGGGCUUCACUGCCAGGAAGUGGGUGGCAAAAAUUAUGAGGAGAGUAUGCAGUAUGUGGAACAUUUCAUCAGAUCACUGAUGAACAGAGGCACCAUGUUACCUUAUGACAAGAUUAGAGUUUAUUUGGAUGAGGAAUUUGAAUCGGCAGAAAAAUUUACGGCACUAGGAAAUCUCUACUUCAUUCACCAAAAAGUUAAUGAUGUACAAAUAUGGGACUUUGAAGAAAAGAGAUUCGUUGAGUGCUUAGACAGAAGAGAGUACUCCGGAAACAUUGAAGAUGUCACUACAAAGGAGAAGUCCAAGUUUCCGCAAGAGUUUUUCCCCGAGUGCAAAUGGUCACGAAAAGGUUUCAUGAGAACUCGAUGGAAUCUGAAUGGCACCAAGUUUGAUCUUGUUAACAUCCAUCUUUUCCAUGAUGCCUCAAACUUCAUUGCUAUGGAAGAGUACCCUUCAGUCUACAGUUUGAAUCGCAAACGUGCUUUGGAGCACACACUUGACAGGUUUCAUAAUGAUGAGUUUGAGAAUCUACCUAUCUUUAUGUUUGGUGACUUCAACUUUAGACUUAAUACUAAAGGAGUUGUUCAGAAACUAACCAAUGGCUGCACGCCUGGUGAUUGUGAAUUGCCUAACUCUGGUGAGAAGGCUAAGGAGUUCAAAGAUAACAAAGGCAAAGUUCAGCUGACAAUUUCCAAAAAGGCUUUCAUACACUGUGACCAUCAGACAAUUUUUGUCAAGGACAAUGGCAGCUGGCUGCGGGAGUUUGACCAGGAAUUGAGUAGUUUCAAUGAUCGACUAACAGAAUUCCCCAUAACGUUCCCACCAAGUUAUCCAUUUGAGGAAGGUCCUGGCAGCAAUGGUUCUCACUAUAUGCAGACUAGAUGCCCAUCUUGGUGUGAUAGAGUAAUUCUAAACACGGCAGCUAAGAAACUUGUGGAUUCUAGUGGAGGCAAAGUCAAGUACGAAUUAAUUGGAUUUAGCACAGCCAUGGGUGACCACAAGCCUGUGGGUCUGUGCGUGGAGGUGCCAAUGGGAGUAGGUACUGUGUCCUGUUGCACUCCAAAUGCACCAUGUCGUAACUUUGUGCAUGAACCUGAUGCUCAAUGUUUUAAGCAGGCUGGAUGGUGUCUUUGCAAGGCAUACCCAGCCUGCCCAAGACCCUUAGUCAAGUCUGUGUGCCCCAACAGUAGUACCCUGCCCUUCCCUCUCCCAGGUCAGGUCAACCCAGUGACCCCAUCUGCUGCAUGUAUCAACCCGGUAAGGGUAGACAGUGCCACUAUUGCCCCUGUUAGUUUGAACAGCCCUGGAAUGUGUUUGGUGCCUCAGUGUGUGUGUAGUGUUGGUGCUAGUGAAGAAAAAAUACAUCAUUGUCAGUGUGGCUACCACCCCUCCAGAGAGCUUGAAGCCAGAACAGAGGGUGGCGUAAAAUCUAAAGAUCUUUUGCGGAAUCUCUUGCUGCUCAGUGGAAGUCCUGCAGUAGAGAAUGUUGAUGGACAGGAGCAGUUAUUAAAACGAGUCAAUUCUGCCCCAAAUACAAGCAUCAUUCAAGGGAGAGUUCAUUGCCAUGUUCCAUUAGUCUCCACUCAGUCACUGGACACUGGACGUUGCUUCCACAAAGCAUAUUCCUCUCAGUCCAAGCUUAGAUUAAGAGCCACCUCUUCCAGGCAUAUAUCUCAUCAUAGUUCAUCAACAGAAGAGUGGUUUGAAGAAGUUCCAGCCCAGCAGAGUCCAGAAUGUAGUAAAAAGGAUAUAGACGAAAGACAUCAUAGAUGUUCUCUUCCUUCAACGCUAGAAGGUGCUCAACAAGUUAAUCCACCAACAACUCCCAGACUUUGUGUUAGUGUUGAUAAACCACCACCACCACUACCACCACCACCUCCACCUUCCUCAACACCAGAGGCUUUCCAGGAGAUGGAGGGAGACAACUGGUCUUCUCCAAACCAAACAGAGGAAGAGUUUGGAGGGAGUGGGGGCGGAGAUAGUGAAGGAGACAGUGCUGGGAUGGACAGCAGAGACAGCCAUAGCAUAGGCACAAAGGAGUUGCUAGGAGUAGUCCAUAAACAGGUGAGCACUGAGCAGCACUCGCUAAACAACUUGCUUUUGGCUGACAGUUGUGAUCGUCUGACAACCAAACCCAUCAGCCAUUCAGAAUCCAGUUUGAGUGCUAAUUAUAGUGAAGACAGUGUGUCUAGUAUGGGGAGACCACUCAAAGAUGGAGAAACUGUCUCGCAGGCUCCAACCUUUGAUAUUGCAGAUGUAGAUUAUGGUGAAGUCAGUUCUGUCAAAGCACGAAAGAAGUGCCCUAAACCGAGCCACAAACCCAACUCUAAUAUGUCCGAGCGCCCGCCUGGCCAGUGCUGUUGUGUUUUGUCGUAACGUAGACUACGUAGUGCUUGUAGUAUGACGGCACCCCAGUGGAUGAACCCGUGUGGCAGCUCCGGGAGCCGGGAGAGAAGACCACAUCCACAGACCAACAACAACAACAACCAGGCAUGGAAGAAGAGAGCGAUCAAUCCCCGGGGGCGAUGAGAUGUGGCCCA